UUUCAUUUGUAUUCCCAAAGAGCCGGCAAAGUAACACAAGGGAGAAGGAAAUCCUGCAAGAACGUCGAAAGGUGGUCGUAGUUCUCUCCUCAUAGUCCACUUUUUAGCUGCAGUGCAACUGGCAUUCGUAGACAUGUACCGCUCCGUUGUAAGGAUCAUAUACAGUGGAGGAAGAGUAUGCACAUCUGUGCCGCGUUACUCGCAGUCACCAUUGUGGAUGUUGAGAGGAACAGCAGAGCAGGAACAAUACAGGAUGGCAGCGCAAUAUCAGCGGUGUUCAGUCCGAUGUAUGAACUCUGCAGCCAGAAUAAGGAGAACUCUGCGUAGUGCCUUCCCGGUGUUAGACCUGCCCCUCCAGACUAUCCACCAGCACGUUUAUGAAGCUAACCUUCGAAACAGCAACAUGUGCCACAACAAGUACAUACAGCUGAAUAAGAAGGUGACUAAAGGAGGUGGUGAAAAUGCCAUUAUAAGACAUACUCAGAGGAACAAGUUGUUGGCUAAGGAUCGAUUGUCCCUACUAUUGGAUGAUGAGGACUUCCUAGAGCUGUCACGCUUUGCGGGUUUAGGUCUACCAUAUGGAGAUAUUCCAUCUGGUGGCUGCCUGACAGGUGUUGGCAGGAUCAAUGGUUUAUGGUGUGUGUUCAUUGCCAAUGAUGCCACAAUAAAGGGUGGCACAGCUUAUCCGAUAACAGUUAAGAAGCAAUUGCGAGCACAAGAGGUGGCGAUUCAGAACCGCCUGCCUUGUGUGUAUUUGGUUGACUCUGGAGGGGCUUUUCUACCACUACAGUCAGAGAUCUUUCCUGAUAAGAACCAGGGGGGGAGGACAUUUUAUAAUGAAGCCAUCAUGUCUGCAAUGAAGAUUCCACAGGUGUCAGUGGUGUGCGGUUCAUGCACAGCGGGUGGAGCUUACAUCCCCACCAUGGCAGAGGAGACAGUGAUGGUACAUCGGAUAGGGACCAUGUUCUUGGGAGGACCACCACUGGUCAAGGCUGCCACAGGUGAGGAAGUCACACCAGAGGAUCUUGGAGGAGCAAGACUACAUGCUGAGGUGAGUGGUUGUGUGGAUCAUUUUGCCUGGGAAGAGAAGGAGGCCUUUGAGUACACCCGAAACAUCAUAUCCACCCUCAACUUCACACUGCAAGAUGAGGAGGAGGAUGAAGAGAAGAUGAGGAAGAGGAAAGAAGAAGAGAAGCCACUUUAUAGUUCAGAGGACCUAUUGGGACUUGCCCCCAGAAGUUACAACUACAGCCUGGAUGUUAAAAUGGUUAUAAGUCGACUGACAGACGGCAGCCGCUUCCAGGAGUUUAAAGCUUGUUUUGGAACCACACUUGUCACUGGCUUUGCAAAGAUACAUGGUCACCUGGUAGGAAUAGUAGCCAGCAAUGGAGAGCUUUCAUAUCAGGCUGCUUUGAAAGGCAGCCACUUUGUCCAACUUUGUGAUCAGAGAGAUGUCCCACUGCUCUUUCUCCAGAACACUGCACCAUCAGCAGGACUCACCCUCUCGGUGUCACAGGCAGAGAUGAACAGUAACUGUCUAAAGGCUCAAGGUUCAAUGAUGUCAGCAGUAGCCUGUGCUUCUGUACCCAAAAUCACUAUAGUGAUAGGUGGUUGCCAUGGUGGUGACAGCUAUGCAAUGUGUGGACGUUCUUUUGAUCCUAACUUCUUGUUCCUGUGGCCCAAUGCCAGAGUGUCCGUGACAGCUGCAGGUCACGUUGGCCCUCUGCUUCACUCCAACAGUGAUCAGGAGGAACAAGAGCAGGAGGAUCGAAACAAAAUGGAGGACAAGCUGAACACGGCAUUAGAGGAGGAGAGCUCAGCUUUUUUUUCCUCUGGACGACUUUGGGACGAUGGAGUCAUUCUCCCUCAAGACACUCGAAGGGUUCUUCGGAACUGUUUGAGCAUCAUCAAACAGCAGCGCCAUCAACUUUCAACAGAGAAUCUUCAAACCGCACUUUUACGAAUUUAGAAACAACUUAGGGUGAGAAGUACUUGUACACUUUUUUGAGAACGCUUUUAUAAAACAAUUUGAACCUGUUUAAUUGUACUUGAAUUGAAUUUACGUGAGGGCUAUUUUAACUUUAGUACAGUAGAGCAAACUACAAACUCACUUCUUUGUUAUGAUAAUGUUAAUGAACACAUAUGUUUGUGUAGAUAUAAUGUAAAAACAUAACAGAAUCAGUAUUUAUGAAGUAGAACAUAAAUGAGUCAAAUUGGAAGUCUGUGUGUAUGCUGACUACUCUUGUUGCAUGAGAACAGAAUGAGAGUUUGGCCUCAAAAUGUGUCCUUAAGACCUGUUUAUGUUGUGAAGUAUUUUAUCGUUGCUUGUAAAGCAUCUCAAUCACCGCAAUAAAACAGUUAAAUCAU